AUGUUGUCUGCCGUCAGACUUCAAGCUCUCAAGCAGGGCUCCAUCAGAUCUACUGCUAGAGGUCUCGCCACUGCGUCUACUUCCCAAAUCACCCGCGACUCCAAGGUCCACCAGAACAUCCACGAGUCUGUUAACUUCCUCAACUACAAGAAGAACCUCGAGAAUGUUGAGAUUGUCAAGGCUAGACUUGGCCGCCCCCUGACCUACGGUGAGAAGAUUCUCUACGGUCAUCUCGACAAGCCCCACGAGCAGGAGAUUGAGCGUGGUGUUUCUUACCUUAAGCUCAGACCCGACCGUGCUGCCUGCCAGGACGCUACUGCCCAGAUGGCCAUUCUUCAGUUCAUGUCUGCCGGUCUCCCUGAGGUCCAGACCCCUGUUACUGUCCACGCUGAUCACUUGAUUCAGGCUCAGGUUGGUGGCCCCAAGGAUUUGGCUCGUGCUAAGGAGCUCAACAAGGAGGUUUACGACUUUUUGGCUACUGCCACCGCCAAGUACAACAUUGGCUUCUGGGGCCCUGGCUCUGGUAUUAUCCACCAAAUUAUCCUUGAGAACUACGCUUUCCCCGGUGCUCUUCUCAUUGGUUCCGACUCUCACACUCCUAACGCCGGUGGUCUCGGUCAGCUCGCCAUUGGUGUCGGUGGUGCCGAUGUCGUUGACGUUAUGGCUGGUCUUCCCUGGGAACUUAAGGCCCCCAAGUACAUUGGUGUCAAGCUUACUGGUAAGCUUUCUGGCUGGACCUCCCCCAAGGAUGUUAUCCUUAAGCUCGCUGGUAUCCUCACUGUCAAGGGUGGUACCGGUUUCAUCGUCGAGUACUUUGGCGAGGGUGUCGAGGCUCUUUCUUGCACUGGUAUGGGUACCAUUUGCAAUAUGGGUGCCGAGAUUGGUGCUACUACCUCUGUUUUCCCCUUCAACCCCCGUAUGUCUGAGUACCUGAAUGCCACUUCUCGUCCUGAGAUUGCUGCUCUUGCUGAGCUUUACCAGAAGGACCUUCUCAAGGCUGAUGAGGGUGCUGAGUACGACCAGGUUGUUGAGAUUGACCUCAACACUCUUGAGCCCUACGUUAACGGUCCCUUCACUCCCGAUUUGGCUACCCCUAUCUCCAAGCUUAAGGAGGUUGCCGUCGAGAAGGACUGGCCCCUUGAGGUUAAGGUUGGUUUGAUUGGUUCUUGCACCAACUCUUCUUACGAGGAUAUGUCCAGAUCUGCUUCUAUUAUCCGUGACGCUAUGUCCCACGGUCUUAAGGCUAAGUCUAUCUACACUGUCACUCCUGGUUCCGAACAGAUUCGUGCCACCAUUGAGCGUGAUGGUCAGCUCCAGACCUUCCUUGACUUUGGCGGUCUCGUCCUUGCCAAUGCCUGCGGUCCCUGCAUUGGUCAGUGGGAUCGUCGUGACAUUAAGAAGGGUGACAAGAACACUAUUGUCUCUUCUUACAACCGUAACUUCACUGCCAGAAACGACGGUAACCCCGCCACCCACGCCUUUGUCACAUCUCCCGAUCUUGUCACAGCCUUUGCUGUUGCCGGUGACUUGAGAUUCAACCCCAUCACUGACUACCUCAAGGAUUCUGAGGGUAAGGAAUUCAAGCUCGCUGAGCCCUCUGGAGAUGGUCUCCCCGUCCGUGGUUACGACCCCGGUAUGGACACUUACUCUGCUCCUCCCGCUGACCGCUCUUCUGUUGAGGUUGUUGUCUCCCCCACUUCUGACCGUCUUCAGCUUCUCAAGCCCUUCAAGGCUUGGGACGGCAAGGACGGUAUCGACAUGCCCAUCCUUAUCAAGUCUCUUGGUAAGACCACUACUGACCACAUUUCCAUGGCUGGUCCUUGGCUCAAGUACCGUGGCCAUCUCCAGAACAUUUCCAACAACUACAUGAUUGGUGCCAUCAAUGCCCAGAAUGGUGAGGCCAACAAUGUCCAGAACCAGUUCACUGGUGAAUGGAACGGUGUUCCCGAGACUGCCAUUGCCUACAGAGAUGCUGGCAUUAGAUGGGUUGUCGUUGGUGGCGAGAACUUUGGUGAAGGUUCUUCCCGUGAACACGCUGCCUUGGAGCCCCGUUUCCUUGGUGGCUUUGCCAUUAUUACCAGAUCUUUUGCUCGUAUCCACGAGACCAACUUGAAGAAGCAGGGUCUCCUUCCCCUUAACUUCAAGCACCCUGAAGACUAUGACAAGAUCAAUGUUGACGACAAGAUCUCUCUUGUUGACCUCAGCACUCUUGCUCCUGGCAAGACUGUCAAGAUGGUUGUCACUCCUAAGGAGGGUGCCGCUUGGGAGACUGAGCUUACACACACUUUCAAUGCUGAGCAGCUUGAGUGGUUCAAGUACGGUUCUGCCCUGAACAAGAUGGCUGCUGCCAUCCAGGCCAAGAAAUAA